UUUUCAUUUACUUUGUUUACAAAACACAUUGGUAAUAUAGAACAAACAUGAUACGUCCCGUUACAAUCACGAUUUAAUGUUUCUUACAUCCUUACGACAAACAUCGUACAAUCCAAGAAUAAUUAAGUAUUCUGUAAAUUUAGAGAAUAUAUUAUAAUUGUGUUUAAAAGCUAUCAAUAAAUAUGAAUAGUAGCGAUAGCGAUGAUUUGACCGAAGAAUUUUUAACAGAUGACACUCAGAAUUUUCUUACUCAAGGUCAAGAUACUCAAGAUGGUAUUGAAAUGGUAACUUUAGACAACACAGACGAUUCAUCCAACCAAGGAGAAGUAUAUGAACUAAAAUUUGGCAAACCUCUCAGAGAACAGGAUAGAUUCCUACCUAUAGCAAACAUUGCGAAAAUAAUGAAAAAAUCCAUACCUGAUGGGGGAAAGAUAGCCAAAGAUGCCAGAGAAUGUGUCCAAGAGUGUGUUUCUGAAUUUAUAAGUUUUAUUACCAGUGAAGCUAGUGAUAGAUGCUAUCAAGAAAAACGUAAAACUAUAAACGGAGAAGAUAUUCUAUAUGCUAUGUCUAAUUUAGGAUUUGAUAAUUACGUUGAACCAUUAAAAUUAUACUUGCAAAAAUAUCGAGAGGCCACAAAAGGAGAUAAAUCAAUUGGUAUUGAAGAGCUAUCAGACGAUGUAUUUUCCAAUGAUUCAAAUUAUACAAAAAUAUUUGGACAAAACAGUCAAAGUGAUUCCGUUAUUUACUAUCCAGAUUCAAUACAACAGUUUCACAUAGUAUAAUCAAAAAUUAAUUAAUUUUUUUUUUAUAAUUUAAUACAAAAGUAAUUCAUAAUUAUUGUAGUAAAUUUUAGAAAUUAGGAAAAUAACAGUUUCACGUGUAAAUAAGUGAAUAGACUAAGAAGUGCAAAAUUACCUUACAAAAAAUACUUACUUAUACUUAAUAAAAUCUAUUGUAUUUUAACUUUUAAAUUAAACAUCAGUUAAUUUUAAAAAUGUGUCCUACAAUAUUAUUAUGUUUAUAAUUU